AUGCCAGAGGUUGCGACAACGGUCUUCGUCACGAUCCGUGGCGGCGAGACGAUGCCUUUGCAACCCUGUGAUAAGUCACAGCCUCUCUCCUAUAUCACUACGGUGAGGGCUAUCGUGUUUACCCGUCAGACUGCAACUGGUGCCUCAGCACCGGUAACAGUCUCUCUGGUGGCCCACUGCGGCACGGCAGAGAAAAGCGGGACUAGAACCUUUACCAUUGCCUCACACGCCUUUGCGUCAUCUGCAGGCGGGAAAACAGUUGAGGAGGAGGAGGCUGUAGUGUUUCCGCUGCGGUCACCUAUUGUGUUCACAUCGCAAGGUCCUGUUCACUCCCUAGAGGUUCAGUGCUCAGAAUGGAAGCGAGAUAGUCACGCGAAUGAUCGUAGUGACAGCAGCUCCUUGAAACCGGGAGACAGUGGUGCGGUUUACACCGUGACGUUACACGGGAGUCAGCGAACGUUCUUGACGAAGGAACAGGUGCUGCUCUUGUGCAACGUUGGUGGUGAAACCAGUCCGCAGUGA